UUUUCCUCCGACCCGUUCGUCAUCAUCGUCUCGUGUAGCCAUUUCUGUUUAGCAGAGAAAGCCCAGCAGACCCACAGCUCUGCCAAAAUGGCUCAGGCCAACUCGUUUGAGGCGAGCAGCUCUCAGAUUCAGGUGGAGCACGAUAAAAAGCGUCGGCAAUUUGUCAUAAGGCUGAACGGAUCCCACGAUCGAGCGGUCCUCCUGUACGAAUACGUUGGGAAGAAGACGGUGGAUUUACAACACACAGAGGUUCCAGAUGCUUACAGAGGGAGAGGAAUUGCCAAACACCUGGCCAAGGCAGCCAUGGAUUUUGUGGUGGAGGAGGACCUGAAAGCUCACUUGACCUGCUGGUAUAUCCAGAAAUAUGUCAAAGAGAACCCUCAGCCUCAGUACGUUGAACACAUCCAUCAAUGACCCAACAGGACAAGCAAAAAGACUUGAACACAGAGACUGUGUGCAGUAAGUUUUAGGCGGGAGGUUUCCAGGAUGCAACAAGAGAAACCUCUGAAGCAUUGCUAAACGCAAAACCAAGUGAACGCAGGUGAUCUCAAACCAGAGCUGUAGCGUCGGGUGGACGCGGACCGCUGGAGUAAAUCGUGCGAUCUCGACUUGCAGAGUCAAAGCAGCCCAAAGGUGGUGGCUUGUCCUUCCAGGACGUCACCCCACCCCUGACUUGAAGCAAAAGUUGCUUACAACAAAUUGAUGUCCUCCUUUUCACUACAAGAUAAGACUGACUUUGUGUCUUUUUGCAGUACUCAGAUGAAGAGAAACUGUCACAGUUACACUUAUAAUGUUUUAAAAUCAUGUUACUUUUAAUAUUUUCCAAUAUUACUCAUUUUUCUCUUAGUACAAUAAAGUAGUGCUACUACUGAAGAGUCUUGGAUGAAAAGACAUUUUUAAAACCCGGCUAUAAUUUCUUUGACUGAAGAAGAUGCAUUAGGGAUUACUUUAUUUCCCUUUAUCUUUUUUAAAAAUAUUUUUGGAAACAGUUUGACUACAGAAGUGCAAACUGAACAUAUCUAUUCUGACUGUGAUACAAGAACUUGAGGUUAGAGACACUGCUAUUAGUCAACACUUUCGCGGGGAUAUCUAUAUUUACUUCAGCUCAAACCAGCAUCAGUAGCGACACUCUUUAGAUUCAGGGCAUUUUUUUUUUAUUUCUUAAAGUGUGUUAAUUCUUACUCUCCAAUUCAGGAAAAUUAGCUUUCUCUUCUCACCACAGAAAAAAAAAAACUGAGAAUUUGAGAUUUUGCUGUAGACAAUCGUCGGUGUUGAGGAGACAAAUACCUCAGGCUAACUCGACACACUCCAAAACACUUUCUACUGACAACUGCAAUAAAAAUCCCUUUUUGUAUAACUUUCAUUUGGUGGCAUAAGGCUAUGAACUGGCCAAGGCAUUAUUUUUUUUUUUUUUUUGUCUUUUUUAUGUGGGUUUCUUUGGGUAUUUUUGUAAUAUUUGUUUUGUAUUGUUAAAACAAUGCCUGAUAUGUGCUCUGAGCAGGUGGCUCAGUCUGACAGAUUUGUCCACAUGUUCCUGUUACGCUGUUUCAUACUUGAUAUUGUUUUCUCUCUACUUGUUCUGAAUAAAUGACUCAUCUACUCGUCA